UGUUGGAAGACCACAGCAGCACUCACGCAUUGCUCUCAUCCGCAUUGCUUGCCUUGCCCUUCCUUUGCCCUUUGCUCUUGCUCUUGCUGUCCUCCACCACCAACCAGCAGCAGGCACCCCUUUUGUUGAACCAAUCAUGUCGUUGAUCUACGCGCUUGUGGCUCGGGGAAACCAGAUCCUGGCCGAGUACACAGAGAGCAGCGGUAACUUCACCACCGUCACCCAGUCCAUCCUGGACAAGAUCCCACCGCAGGACCAAAAGUGCUCAUACGUCUACGACAAAUUUCUCUUCCACUAUGUGAGGGACGAUGGUAUCGUGUACCUGUGCAUGGCCGACGAGUCCUUUGGCCGCCGCAUCCCGUUUGCGUUUUUGGCGCAGAUCCAGCGGGACUUUCUGCCGUACAAGUCGCGCGCCCGCAGCUCCAUCACCUAUGGCCUCAACCGCGACUUCUCCCCCGUCCUCCAGAGACAAAUGGUGUCGUUCAACAACUCGUCUGAGCACGAUGCGCUCUCCCGCGCCCGCCAAGAGGUCGACCAGGUCAAGGGCAUCAUGGUCCAGAACAUCGAGAAAGUGCUGCAGCGCGGUGAGCAGAUUGAUCUCCUCGUCGACAAGGCCGACACGCUCCACGAUGAGGCAAAGCGGUUCCAGCGCACGUCGCGCAAGCUGAAGAACCAGAUGUGGUGGCAGAACAAGAAGAUGUGCCUGCUGAUCACGGGUGUUCUUCUGGCCCUGGCCCUCAUCAUUGGCCUCAUCAUCUGGUCAAAGACGAAGAAGAGCGGGAGCAACAACAACAAGACAACCACGACCGCAGCACCAACAACAGCGCCAACGCUUGCCCUGUCAACACCUCGAUCCGUCUGACACCUUCCUAUUCGUUGUCUUGUCUGAGUGUCUCGGCGGUGUAUGUGUAUGCGUGCGUGUGCGUGCGUUAUGUGCGUGUGUUUCUUGUUUCGUGCACGUGUGUGAGUGUUGUUGUUCAUCAACUCACGUCAACGCUCUUCCCAUCAGCUUACCACACUUGUUCUGUGUGUCGUGUCGUGUCAUGUGUGACCGACAGCACGUGUUGAAUUUUUGCCGAGUCAGCGUUCUUAGUUCCUUCUUUUUUUGCUUGUUCUGCUGCUGCUGUUUUCUUCGCCCACACAUCAUCAUCCACGUGUCUUGCGAGCAAAAGGGCGAAAUCCCACCACACACGAACACGAAGCACAGGAAGCAUUCAACCCAC